AUGGCGGCAGCAUCUUUGUCGAUGUUUGCUAGUAUGGCGGCGGUUUCGUCGGUGAUGGCUAGGGUUUCAGGUUUUCCAAGCCGGCAGAAGAAUGUCGACAUCAUCAUCAUCAUCAAAGAAAAUCGUGUUGAAGAGCUCGGACGGCGAGGCUUUCGAGGUGGAGGAAGAGGUGGCGCUGCAAUCGAAGACGAUCAAACACAUGAUCGAGGACGACUGCGCCGACAACGGAAUCCCUCUCCCCAACUCACCGGCAAGAUCCUCGCGAAGGUGAUUGAGUUCUGCAAGCGCCACGUCGUGGUGGAGGAUAACACGACGAAGUCGGAUGAGGAUCUGAAGAGUUUCGACGAGGACUUCGUCAAAGUCGAUCAGGACACACUGUUCGAUCUCAUCUUGGCGGCGAAUUAUCUGAAUAUAAAGAGCCUGCUUGACCUCACUUGAUGAUGGGGAAGAAGCCGGAGGAGAUCGGUGAUAUUUUCCACUUUGUGAACGAUUACACCCCGAGGAAGAAGC